UGAAUUUUGAAAAAACAAUUGUAAGAAGUUUCUAAUCAGAUGGCAUAUAUGAUUUCUAAAAAAAAAUGAAGAAAUAUAUGUAACUAAAUAAGUCUAUUUUAUAUACGAAACAAGACUUUUAUCACCCAAUCAACAUUUAUUUAAUAAUAUAUCAUUUGCGUGUACUCUCUCACUUUUUCUCUCUCAAUUCGACAUGGAUCGUCAAAUCAAGAACACCACAAAACAUUCACAACAAAAAAGACGAUGAAGAACCAUCCAUGGAAGAAGAAAUCAACCACUCUCUUACUUCUCCUCUCUCUCCUCACCAUCGCUCUUCUCCUCCUUGGUCUCUCCCAAAAUAAACUCGUCCUCAUCACCACCACUACCUCCGAAUCCGAUCACCACCACCGUCACAAACCCUCCGAAGUAGAAGAAGAUUCUUGUCUUGGCCGGUACAUAUAUAUCCACAACCUACCUUCUCGAUUCAACAUCGACAUCCUUCAAGACUGCGAGAGGGUUUCAAGACCAAACGACAAGAUCAGUAUGUGCAAGUACGUCGAGAACUUCGGCUUCGGACCUCCGAUCAGUGAGCUUAACGGUGACCGAGUUUACUCUCCGAGCUGGUACGGGACUAAUCAGUUCAUGCUUGAAGUGAUUUUCCACGAGAAGAUGAAGAGAUACGAGUGCUUGACGAGAAACUCGUCGCUGGCGUCGGCUAUUUUCGUACCUUAUUACGCUGGUCUCGAUUUCCGGCGAAAUAUACGGCGGCGUAACGUCGCUGAGAGAGACGCCGCCGGGAAGGAACUAUUUAAAUGGCUCAAAAAGCAACCCCAGUGGAAAGCUGUGUUAGGUCAAGAUCAUUUCCUUGUAACCGGUAGGAUUUCACGAGAUUUCCGGCGAAAUUCCGACAAUAAUUCCGGAUGGGGAACUAACUUAAUGCUCUUACCAGAGUCACAUAAUCUAUCUUUCCUCACCAUCGAACGAAGUCCAGCUAGCCACAACGAGUUUGCUAUUCCUUAUCCAACCUAUUUUCAUCCAACUUCAGCCGUUGAGAUCCUCACAUGGCAAGACAAGAUCAAACUUGCAACCCGACCGGUCCUCUUUUCAUUUGCCGGAGCUCAAAGACCGAGCAGAAGCAGGAACGGUUUGGUUCGAACUCAAGUUAUCCUACAAUGCAAGAGUUCUUUCAAGAAUUGUAGGUUUCUUGACUGCGAUGUUAAAGCUAACAGCUGUGAUAAUCCGAUCAGUUUGAUGAAGCUUUUCGAGAGUUCUGUUUUCUGCUUACAACCACCGGGUGAUUCGUUAACCAGAAGAUCAAUAUUUGAUUCGAUCUUGGCUGGUUGUAUUCCAGUUUUCUUUAAUCUAGGAAGCGCAUACAAGCAAUAUAUAUGGCACAUACCAAGCAACUAUAGCGAAUAUUCGGUUUAUAUACCGGUUAAAGAGCUGAGAACCGGAGGAAAAAACAAGAUCGAAAAUAUUUUGCGCGGAAUACCGAAUGAAAAAAUAGUUGGUAUGAGAGAAAACAUAAUCAAAUUGGUUCCGAAGAUUGUGUACACUAAACCAAACCGUCAAAAACCGGAUGAAGAGGCACUUGAAGAUGCUUUUGAUGUUGCUGUGAAGGGAGUGGUAGAGAGAAUUGAAGGAGUAAGGAGAAAAAAUCAAGACUGAGGAAUAUAUAUUAUAAUUUAGACCUAAGAGUGUUAUAUUCUACAUAUAUUUGUAUUUUUAUAUUCAUUUCUGGUAGGGUGUUUCCCCAUUCUUUCACCAAAAUUAAAAUAGGUACUCUAUUUUACCAAUCCUAUAUAGAUGAAAAUACUUUGUAACAAAAGAAAUUUAUUGUUAAAAUAAAAAAUAUGUUCUUGUGAAAA